CGCCAGGGCCUGGCCGCGGCAGUGCAGUACGCCAAGGCGGUGGGCUGCCCCAGGAUCCACCUGAUGGCUGGGCGGGUUCCCAUGGGUGCAGACCGGGCAGCAGUGGCAGGCGAGAUGGAAACCACCUUCAUUGAGAAUCUCAGAUACGCUGCUGACCUCCUGGCCCAGGAAGACAUGAUUGGACUGGUGGAGCCUAUCAACAACCGCAUCACUGACCCUCGCUACUUUCUGAACACCCCGCACCAAGCUGCUGCCAUCCUGGAGAAGGUGGGACGGCCCAACCUGAAGCUGCAGCUGGACCUCUUUCACUGCCAGAUCAUGGAUGGGAAUUUGUCACGCAACCUGGAGACAUACUUCCCACUUAUCGGUCAUAUCCAGAUUGCACAGGUGCCAGGGCGGCACGAGCCUGACAGCCCUGGGGAGUUGAACUUCCCCUACAUCUUCGAGCUCCUGGAGUCCCUUGGCUACACUGGCUAUGUGGGGUGCGAGUAUGCUCCGAAAGGAGACACUCUGGAAGGUCUGGGCUGGCUGCGCUCGUACUGGGAGAGCCGAGGCCUGCAGCAUGGUGGGACCAGCAAGGCAGCAAAGUAAAACAGAACACUGGAAUAAAAGUCAAAACAAUGGC